AGCCGUUUGAGCCUCUUUCUGCGCCCCCAAAUGUCAACCAACAAGGUUUGCUUGAAGAAGCGCCCUGUGGAGGAUGAGGCGUCUCGGUAUGCGAUCACCUUUGGGGAGGUGGCACUCCUUCAUAUAGGUGGCAGGGAGCUCGGCGCCCCCCGGGCGCUCGGCGGUUUUACGGUGCCGGAGCUCGUGGCAGUGGCCCAAGGCCUUCCGAAUGCAGAGCUGGUGGCCUUGAGUGAUGUUCUGCCAGAGGAGCUGAGGAAAGAGAAUGAAGCGGCCACGCUGGUCAUCCGGAAUGGUGCAUCAGCGCUCCUGUAUGACAGCAAGUUUUGGGACGCACGGCGGUCCAAGACCCUCCACAAGCGAGCUCGACACAACCUCGUCUUCGGCGAUCAGGGGGUAGAGCCAAGCCCCGACUACAAGCAGUACACAGUGCAGGCCUUUGAAAGCUUGCCGCAUUUGUCGGCCUUUCGUGCAGCACUGACAGAGAGGCUGGGUGCCAAAGCUGAGGGUCUUUGUGCCGAGGGCAAUCAUUAUUUCGAUGCGUCGACGGGCAUCGGAUUUCACGGGGACAGCGAGAGAAAGAUUGUGAUUUGCUUGAGCUUGGGCUGCAGCUCGACUCUUCGGUACUGCUGGCGGAUGCCAGGCUCCUCCGAGAAUGGGCCUUCCGUGGAUAUCGAGGUCCAUCAUGGCGAUGUCUAUGUGAUGUCUGAGAAAGCGACAGGCUUCGACUGGCGACGAACCUCUAAAGUUCGAGUGGUUCAUGCUGCAGGGUCCGCCAAGUACAUCGGAUGAUCCGGGAGCGCGGUCACUGGAUGGAGCAGCCUAGCGGCC